AUGCGCCUUCUUCAAAAUCUCGCCACGGGCGUUGCAUCAUGUCUGUUGCUGUUGUUUGCGAGCACGGCCGAUGCACACUCUCGAUCACGGAAUCCUUUAAACUACCUAUCGUUAAUUGAAAACCCUCGAAUACAAACACCAUCACAAAGGGUGCACUGUACAUCCAGCUUCGACUUGACUUUCGACCUACAUCAGAACACAGAGCAUGUUCGACUGAGCCUGGAGCCGAACCAUGACAUAAUUCACGAAGACUCUUACAUUGAAUAUAUCGACAAAUAUGGCAAAAUCAGACACGUUGAGAAAAUGCAGCGUGAGGAACACAAGAUUUACCAGGGUAAGGCUUUUCUGGUUAACGACGACGGAGUAAACCGACAUGUCGGCUGGGCUCGAAUUGCUAUCAGGCGCGAUGGCGUCAAGCCUCUCUUUGAGGGUGCUUUCACUGUCAUGGGUAACCACCACAAUGUCCAAUUGAAGUCAAACUACAUGGCCACCAAGCACGAGCUUGAUCCCGAACUGGAAGAAGAUGAAGAUGAGUAUAUGGCUGUCUGGCGUGAUUCGGAUGUCAGUCGACAGUCUCAUACGGAACUGAAACGGAGCGCGGGCCUGACCUGUGCUUCUGACAAGUUGGAGUUCAAUACUCAUCCAGACCAUCCCAUCUACCGCGACUUGAUGCUCAAACGUGACGAUGGCUUCUGGGGAGACAUGGGCGCCAUGUCCAUUGCCAAUAUGUUUGAAAAACGUCAGAGCAACAUCGAUGGCGGCGGAGUGGGCUCAGGCAAUUCAGCUGGAGUCAAUCUGGCUUCUACCAUCGGGAGUACCGCAGGCUGUCCAACCACUCGCAAAGUCGCCUUGGUCGGCGUCGCUACCGAUUGUACAUAUACCGCGAGCUUCAACUCAACCGACACCCUGCGACAAAACGUUAUUAGCUUGGUCAAUACUGCCUCUGAGUUGUACCAAUCUACUUUCAACAUCACUCUCGGUCUCCGCAAUCUGACUGUUUCCGACGGCGAAUGUCCAGGGACACCAAGCACUCAGACGGCGUGGAAUGUAGGUUGCUCAAGCAGCACCGAUAUUACACAACGGCUCAACCUCUUCUCUUCAUGGCGUGGUCAACGAGGCGACGACAAUGCUUACUGGUCUCUCUUCACCACCUGUAACACUGGAGCUGAAGUCGGCCUGGCCUGGCUUGGACAAUUGUGUAAUCACGGUUCCACUUCACAGCAAGACACCAGCGGCAACUCUCAGAGUGUCACUGGCGCAAAUGUCAUCGCGAAAACAUCGAGUGAGUGGCAAGUAUUUGCUCACGAAAGCGGACAUACUUUUGGAGCCGUCCACGAUUGUGAUUCCAGCACUUGCGGCGAUUCUAACGUUGUCAACUCCGGCCAAUGCUGCCCGCUGUCCUCCAGCACUUGCGAUGCUAAUGCUCAAUACAUGAUGAAUCCCUUCUCUUCACCAGACAUUAGUAAAUUCUCGCCCUGCUCCGUCGGGAAUAUUUGCAGCGCCUUAGGCCGCAACUCCGUCCAGUCGCAGUGUCUUACUGACAACAAAGGUGUCGUUACCAUUAGCGGCAACCAGUGCGGAAAUGGUAUUGUCGAGGAAGCUGCUGCAACCCCACAACUUGCAAAUUCAAUACAGGCGCAGUUUGCGAUCCCAGCAACGAGGGCUGUUGUACGACGACUUGCCAGUUCGCUUCUGUUGGGACUGUCUGCCGAGCUAGCACUGGCCAAUGUGAUCCUGCCGAGACAUGCUCUGGCACUAAUGGAACAUGCCCUACAGAUACCACUGCACCCGACGGGACUGACUGCGGCAGCGGGCUUGAAUGUGCCAGUGGCCAGUGCACGAGUCGAGACCUCCAGUGCAAGACUCUCAUGGGUAGCUACACGAGCGACAAUGACACCUAUGCUUGCAACAGCCAAACCUGCAGUUUGA